CUUGUAUCAAAAAAUUAAUAAGAUUUUGAUUUUUGGGAUUUUUAUAUACAAAAAUUUGGCUAAUCCUUGUGAAGACAGUUCUCAAUCAGGCAGUCAUUUAAAAAAUUAUCGAUCAUUUGAAAAAGUCUAAGAAAACGUAAUUGAGCUGUAAUGAAGUCGAUGAUGAUAUAAAUAUCGUCAUCACUGUUUUCAAUAAACGAGGCAUUAAUCGCUCAAGUAGCGUAUACGUUUCAUUCCACUUUGCACAAUUGAUUGACAGUCCAGCAGGAAAGUAAAGGACACAGCAGCACCCAAAACAACAGAACGAACUUCGCCACUAGUUUUCAGGCAUUUACUGUACACAAAAGCAUAUAGAAGGAUUCGUGCUGCCACGUGAGACGAGUGGGUGUUACAAAAGGAAUAAACUGAAGCCAACGUUGUUAACAAAAAAUCAAUAGAAAAUAAAGCCAAAACGUCAAAGUCAAACGAAACGAAAACGAGAAAACAUAAGGAAGUCCACACUGGACAGUUACUAAAUACGAUAUGAGUGCUAUGUGCAUGAGGAGAAAGUGGGUGUGGUGCCUACGAGGCGACCAGUAACCACCAGUAACGCAUUAUUCUCCACUCGCAAAUUCGUUUAUGCAUGUUUUUCGCACACACAAGGAUAACUGAAACUUAAACAGACGUUAAAGCAACGUGCCAGUGUCCUUACAGUGUAUACUACGCUUGAGCACUGGAAAUAUUUAAAAAAAACCAACAAAACUGUAUAAAGUAAACAUACUUACUUAUAUGGAAUUAGUGUUAAGCAGCUUAAAUCGUCAAUAGUCAGCCAUAAAUAUGUCACAAAAACUUUCCUUCGCCGCUGGCAUGGACAAUGCCUUAUAUGAGCAACAAAUGCAGAACCGUAAUGCAAUAGCUUCCACAACUCUCACGUCAGCCACAAGACCUUCAAUGCAUCAAUUUGAAAACGAAUUGCAACAAAGGCUGCAUCAUUAUCAGCACCAGCAACAUGCAUUAGAUCGAUUUCAAACCAAUCGUAUGAACUUUUCAAAUUAUUCAAAUGCAUAUCCUUAUAACAUACCAUAUGCAGCUGGUACUUUUGGCCAACAUGCUCGUACAAAUCCACUUAGAGCUUCCCCCUAUGAUUACGAAGCGUAUAUAAAUCGCGCGCGCUAUUCUUCCUAUCAACAUCAAAUAGUCCCGUCGAGCGUUUUACAUUACCCACCACGAAACUAUCCGUUUCAACAGCACCAACUAAUGGAACGACAACACACAAAUAUUUAUCAAUCACAAUCUCCAUACUACAUGCAACAAUACCAACAGCAGCAAUCCCACCACCCACAUCAACAACAAUUUCUUGCGGCACAACGCUCUCCCUAUUUGGAGAUGCAUUUAAAUGAACAGGCGUCACUUGCUGCAACAAAUCCAAGCGUUUACACCGACUCCGCCAAUCUCACUCUACAACAACUUGAGCAGCAGCGACAGUUGCACCAACGGUUGCACUAUCAACAAAUACCAGCAGAAAGACAAAAUCUCCUGUCACCAACACAAUGUCGUGACGCUUACUCAACAGACGAAACUACAAGUUUGUUAUUCCAGCAACAGCAUAAAUCAUAUCCUAAUGCACAGGAUGCACUGCAAGUGUCAAAUCAGCGCAACGCAACUAACCCAUCCGAGUCGGUGCACAUAAAUCCAGCAGAGUAUUCGCACAAUUUUAAAAACGACUUGGGUCAGGUGCCAACUCCUUUAAAUAAUGUUGCGCAAAUAUCUGAAGAGGAGGUCAAUACCGAGGAAAGUGGCAGAGCACAACUUGUCAUCUCACCGCCAAUGCUAAGUGCCACUGGCACUGACAGUGGCGUAAGUAGUUGCAGUGGCUCUUCGAAUUCCAACUAUCAAUGUGUGGAUGAUAAGGAUUUUAUUUGUUUAAAUAAAGAAAGUUCCCCACAAUAUGAAUCGGCACCUUCAGACAGAGAAAGUAAAAAUUGUAACGAAAAUAUCAAAAUCAAAAGUGAAAAGAUAGAGGAAUUGCAAGCAACAAUUAAGACGGAAGCUGUGGCAAAUGGGGUAACGGAAGCAGAUAUCAAGGUUGAUAUUGAUGAAGUCGAACUAAUAAAGGUCAAGACAGAGGAGAAUCCUAAUGAUGAAGUGGAACAAUUGGACACCUUCAAGCCAAAACUUGACUCAAAUGAACAAACUGGCUCUAUAAGUAUUAAUUCAACAGAAGCUCCCAUCUCAACGAAUUCUUCUCCAACAACUGAUCGAGCACUUACUCCGCGCCAGCAUUUAUCAACGAAUUACGGCUCCAAAGCGCAAUAUUCAACGAAUAGACAGUUUGAUGAUAACAGUUGGUCACCUUUUCCAACUUCACCCAGUAAUUCCAUUCAGCAUAAUAAUUUCAAAAGCAUAUCUAACAAUAGAAAUUUGACUCCGUCGCCUAUACCUAUAGUUCCACAAAAUUCACCUGUUGACUAUUCUAUGCAAUCGAUAAAAAAGAAACAUAUUAUAGAAUAUGAUUUAAUACCAAGCAAAAAGAAGACGAAGCGUAGAUUCAAAGCUCACGGAAAUGAAAAAAAUCCACAUGAGGAAAUACGUAACACGAAACCAUUACCAGGAUUUCAGCAGGCAUUUGGUACAACUGAAAUUGGACGCUUUUCGGAAACAUUUUUAUUCAACGCUGACAAUGCAACAAAUUUCUUAGGAGACAUCGAACAUCAAGCAGAGUUCUAUCCAGAAUACUCUCAACAGUUGUCGGCAUAUGAGAACGUUGAUAAUAGGAACACUAAUAAUGAAACACACUAUGAGAAUUUUCCGUGCAACAAUACAUACAAUAUGACGCCAUACGAGAGAUAUUUGAGAGCGAAUAAAAGAUUAAAUGAAAUAAAUUGCAACGAUAAUGAUUAUUAAUGAUUUUUUUUUUUAAUUUAAUAUCAUAAUUAUGUACAUAAGAAUACAUAAGAAACUCAAAGAUCAAAAUGAAAAAAGUCGAAUUAAGUGUGCCUUUUCGGUCAAAAAUAGCAUUUUGUAAAUAAGAAAUUAAAAU